CGCGCCUGGGCACGGGAGCGCGUCCCGGGAAGAGCUCGAGCAAGAUGGAGGCCGCUCAGAGGACGUCGCCAGGGCCGAGGCAGCCACUGCCUGGAGCACCGAGCCCCGGCGCGUGAGCCCUGCCGGUCCCGGAUCAGACUCCCAGACCCGGCCCAGGUUGGUCCUCCCGCAUCCCUUCUCGGUGGCCUCAGCCUCUGCGCGCGUCCGGCCUGGGCGCGGGGCAGCCACCCCCAAGCUCUGGCCCUACCCGGGCCCAGCUGCUCCCUAGAGCCCCAGCAGGGCUCCUGCCUGCUGCCCGCCCCUCCAGGCCCAGACUGCCCACUGCUCUUGGCCCCCUGUUCCCUUGGUCUGAAAAGCCACUCUCCCAGGCCCUGGCCCGCCAAUCCUAGACUACCCCCCACAGCCGACAUUCAGCCCGGCUUCUAAGAAGCAAGACCCCCUCCCCCAAAUCCCACCACAAGUGCAGACCCUGCAGUGCCAGCCCCUGAUUCCACGCCAGCCUCAUCCCGAUACCAACACUUAGCCCUGGUUACCAGCUCCUGCCCCCUGCCUGGCCCUACUGUAACCUUCCUCGUGCCCUCAGUACCAGCCCCUGACAACCUCUUCUCUUCUUCCUUAUAGAGAAGCGUCUAUCCGCUUCCAGAUCCCCUUCAGAUACCCAGACCCAGACCCUCUGCCUCUAAUAACACCGCCAACAUGCCCUUCCCAGCUCCCUCUAUUCGGUGCCUGUUAGUGCUUCAGUAUUGAUUUUCAUCUUUCAUUACAUCUCCCCACGACCCCCUCUUACCCCAGCACCAGUUCCCAAGCUCCCUCUUGAACUCCCCCACGAGCACUUUCUGGCACCUCCCUACUUUCAGCUCCCAUGUCCUCAUCCCACCACCCCCCAACUUUCCCAUGGCUCCUUUCAGGCCCCCCAAUAGGAAGCCUUAGCUAGUCCUUCAAGUCGCCGCCCCAACACUGUCAUGACCCCCUCCUAGCUCCCCAGCCAGCCCCCAGGUCCCCAGCUCCGCCUCAGGCCCCGCCCUUGCGAGUUCCUUGACUCAGGGCUGCUUCUCCCGUGCGUCCCCAGCUCCCGCCCCGCAGCCGGGUGGUCCAUCCCGGGCCGGCGGCCCCCUGCUAGCCGCUGCCGCCGGCCCCGCCCCCGGGCACCAUGCUGCCCUCGCAGGAGGCCUCCAAGCUCUACCAUGAGCACUACAUGCGGAACUCGCGGGCCAUCGGCGUGCUGUGGGCCAUCUUCACCAUCUGCUUCGCCAUCAUCAACGUGGUGGUCUUCAUCCAGCCCUACUGGGUAGGCGACAGCGUGAGCACUCCCAAGCCUGGCUACUUCGGCCUCUUCCACUACUGCGUGGGCAGCGGGCUAGCGGGCCGUGAGCUCACCUGCCGGGGCUCUUUCACCGACUUCAGCACCAUCCCGUCCAGCGCCUUCAAGGCGGCCGCCUUCUUCGUGUUGCUUUCCAUGGUGCUGAUUCUCGGCUGCAUCACCUGCUUCGCUCUUUUCUUCUUCUGCAACACCGCCACCGUCUACAAGAUCUGCGCCUGGAUGCAGCUCUUGGCAGCCCUGUGCCUCGUCUUGGGCUGCAUGAUCUUCCCUGAUGGCUGGGACGCUGAGACCAUCCGGGACAUGUGCGGGGCCAAGACAGGGAAGUAUUCCCUUGGGGACUGUUCGGUGCGCUGGGCGUACAUUCUGGCCAUCAUCGGCAUCCUCAACGCUCUCAUCCUGUCCUUCCUGGCCUUCGUGCUGGGCAACCGGCAGACUGACCUGCUGCAGGAGGAGCUCAAACCGGAGAACAAAGAUUUUGUGAGCACCACAGUAAGUUCCGUGUUGCGGCCAGGAGGUGAUGUCUCUGGAUGGGGAGUCCUGCCAUGCCCUGUUGCUCAUACACAGGGACCCUGAAAGCCAGGAUUUGCAGCCUAGGAAUUGGCCUGACCUCCGCAUAUUCUGUCUGCUGCCCUCUCGUCCCUGCGUUCAAGCCCCAGACCCAAAUCUCAGACUGACUGCACACAGACCUCCAGGCUCUGAGGAGAGGCAGGGGCUGGGCUGGAUGGCAGCCUGGCAGAUGGCAGAGGCCCUUGAGAUCCUGAGAGAGCCUGCCUCCGGCCCUGCCUCCGUUUGACCUAAGGGAGCCUGGGUCUCCCUCUCUGGUCCAUCGGUCUCCUUCUCUGCUCUGUAGACUAGUGCGAGGUCCCUGAGGAUCCACAGAGGACGGAGGACAGCGCAAGCUCCUCAGAUCCCUUCAGUCUGGAGGGCCGCCUGCUGGAUCCUCCCCUCCUCAGCCCUGCUCUCCUAAAGAGACUUAUUCAAGACACUGCCCCAGGAGGGCCAGACUCUUUCCUACUUUAUUUUUAUUUGCUGAUGAUGGUCCCACCACAUCUGCCACAAAGCUCCAGGUGCCACCAGCCCCACCCCCCACGGGGCCUCCUCUGACUCCCUAAUUCAAGCCUGCACCCAGCUCUCAAAGGCAUCUGAGCCUUGCUGAGGGGGAAAGCAUAGGGUCUUCCUUCCUUUCUGCUGUUGGU